AUGAUCAUUGCUUUGAGAGCCAAAUAUAAGCUUGGAUUCAUCAAUGGCAAAUACGAAAUACUCGUUGUUGGUACUCCACAGUUCAAAAAAUGGCAGAGGGUGGAUAGCAUGGUGGUGUCAUGGAUCUUGAAUGCCAUAUUAAAGGAAAUUGCUGAGGCGUCCUUAUACACCACCUUUGCCAAAGAUCUUUGGGAAGAACUCGAACAGCGUUUUGAAGAAACAAAUGGUCCGUUGUUGUUCCAACUAAAAAGAGAGAUCUUUGCUUUUUCACAAAGUAACAGAUUUGUGAUGUAUUUCACCAAAUUAAAGAAAAUGUGGGAUGAACUUUCUUGUUUGCAUUCUUUCCCGCCUGCACUUGUCUUACUUAUGGAUCCAUUUCUUAUCGUUAACAAAGCAUACGCAAUGAUUCUUAGAGUUGAAAAACAAAAAGAGGUUCAGAAUAUGGUAAUUGAAUCUAGUGAAUCACCUGCUGUUAUAAUGGCUAAAUCUCAAAAUAGUAUCAAGGACAACAACACAGGCUUCAAGACACAUGGUAGAAGAAAUAGAAGAAAGGAUGAUAGGCAUUACACAUUUUGUAACACUACAGGCCACACAGAAGAUGCAUGUUUCAAGAUCAUUGGAUACCCAGAUUGGUACAAGGAUCUCAAAGAGAAACGUGGAAGGCAACAGAUACACACUGCAAAUGCCAUGUUAACAGAGACACCCUUGGAGAUCAAAAAUGCUACUAGCACAUUAGCUUCACCAAACAAACCUGAGGAUUGA